AUGGACCUCGCAUGGACCGGCUCUCAACUUCACCCGAGAAAAGGAGGCUCGGGAUCUCAAGGAAAUCGACCCGAGACACCUGAGAGUCGGCAUGAGACACCUGAGAGUCGGCAUGAGACACCUGAGAGUCGGCAUGAGACACCUAAGUGUCGGCAUGAGACACCUGAGAGUCGGCAUGAGACACCUGAGAGUCGGCAUGAGACACCUGAGAGUCAGCAUGAGACACCUGAGAGUCGGCAUGAGACACCUGAGAGUCGGCGUGAGACACCUGAGAGUCGGCAUGAGACACCUGCGAAUCGGCAUGAGACACCUGCGAAUCGGCAUGAGACACCUGCGAAUCGACCUGGCAGUGGCAGCGGUGGAGCGGACCGUCACGUUGACGGCAAGAAAGUGCGUGUGGUGCAGUAUCCGUAUAAACCGCUGCUGCCACGGGACGGGUUCAGCUGGGUCAAGUACGGGCAGAAGAAACUCACCACGGGCGACAACAUGAUCAGUGCGGCCUGCUGGGACCCCUCCGCCUCUCCUGCUCAACUACCACAGUUCCUUCUCUCUCUUUCUCCAUUUCCUCCCACUCAUGAUGCCUGCAGGCUCUACUUCCAGUGCGGCCUGCGCACGUCCCACGCCUGCCCCGCACGCCGCACGGUGGACCUCAGCUGCUGGGACCCCUCCGCGCCUCUGGUGCUCAACUACCACUGCACGCACAACCACUUGCCGCACUACCACGUCGUUGGUGCUGCUACUACCUCUCCUGCGCCUCUGCCCAAGGACCGCUCAGUCAAAGUCCGCUCAGUUAGAACGAGGGGUUCUGCUGCUGUGCCUGCUGGUGCUACCGCUGCUGCUGCUGCUACUGCUGCUGCAGAUGGUGCCGACAGCAGCAUGGCGAGCAAGCGAGCGGCUGUUAAGGAGGAAGCAAUCGCGGCAAAUGGGACUGCUGGCAGACCGCUGCGAUGCCCGCCGUCGUUCCUGCCAGCCCUCGCUUCCAUCCCAGUCAGCGGUGCCACUUGGAAGGAUAAGUCCGAUCGUGCACCCUCCCGCCCUUCUUCCAAUGCAUCGUCUUCGUCCGGGCACGCUCCCGCCUCGGCUGUGGCAGACUGGCGGGCGGCACUGGAGGCACUGCUCAGUGGAUCACCUGUGCCUGCUGUCGCUCCCACGCCUGCUCCUGCUUCCUCUGAUAAGCCUGUGCAUGCGAGGGAGAGUACGGUGUCUCCUUUGGGGAGUCGUGCGGCCGCUGCUGCUCCCUCGCCUGCUCCUGCCUCCUCUGAUAAGCCUGCGCAUGCGCGGGAGAGUACGGUGUCUCCUUUGGGGAGUCGUGCGGCCGCUGCUGCUCCCUUGCACCCUCAGUCGCACCAGUUACCGGCUGAGGUGAUUGCAGCGUUGACGCUGCUGGUGCAGUCCGCACUGGCGGAAGGAGGGCACGUGGGGGCAGAAGAAUCUGAGUCUGUUCCGGCUGAAGGCACGCCACAGCAGCAGCAGCAGCAGGAGGAGGAGGAGGAGGAGUUACCAGGAUUGGAAGACACAGACUGCCUCUUUCCAGCCGCUCCCCUGACGCCGGCCUUCCAGAAUCCCACGAGUUGCCCUCCGCGGAGUUUCUGUAUAUCAGAAAACCUGGACGACGCUGGUUACUUUCAGGAGAUGAGCCCUGGUGGUGGCGCUGCUGCCGCUGAUACUCUUGCUGCUGCUGCUGAAUUACACCUGCUGCGUUCCGUAGAGGUCUCCGUUUUCUUCUCCAUGGCGGAAUCGUCCAUCACCACGCUCUGGUCGUGGAAGGUACGAGCACUCAGAUCAAGCCGCUCAGAUCAAGCCGCUCAGAUUAAGCCGCUCAGAUCAAGCCGCUCAGAUCAAGCCGCUCAGAUCAAGCCGCUCAGAUCAAGCCGCUCAGAUCAAGCCGCUCAGAUCAAGCCGCUCAGAUCAAGCCGCUCAGAUCAAGCCGCUCAGAUCAAGCCGCUCAGAUCAUGCCGCUCAGAUAAUGCCGCUCUGUGCGUGACCCACAUUCUCUCCCUCCGCGCCACCAGUGUGCCUGAUCCGCAGUCCCUCCCCUCCGCUCCCUCCUCUCGUCAGGUGCGCGAGCUGACGGAGAAGGAGAAGGAGGGCAGUGUGUUCCAGCUGCCGCGUGCGCGAGCUGGCAGAGAAGGAGAAGGAGGGCAGUGUGUUCCAGCUGCUGCGGCGGGACGUGACUCGCUUCCUCACCACCAUCCUCAUCGGCACCACGUAAUGCCCACGUUCUCCCUUUCCGCGCUCUCUUCUUCCUCACGCAUACCUCUCUUCUUCCUCACGCAUACCUCUCUUCUUCCUCACGCAUACCUCUCUUCUUCCUGCCUCACCACCAUCCUCAUCCACACCACGUUCCGCCCUUUGUCGUCUCCUUUCUGUCAUUUCCACCCGAACACUGUCUGCAACCUGCUUCUGCCGUUCAGUCGUAGCACCUUUGCGCCCCCCAUACCACUCUUUCAACCCUCACACGCUGUUGCUGCUGACUCCUUGGUGAACAUUUGGGCAACGGCUUUGGUCACAGACGCCGCUACAGCGCUCUUUGGGGAGGCAGGGGUCAGCGCUGCUACAGGCGUGAUGACGAUCCUGCUGCUCGUCUUUACAGAGAUUGCCCCCAAGUCCAUCGCCGUGCACAACGCCACACAAGUCGUCCGUGUCGUGCUGCGCCCAGUGGCAUGGCUGUCAGUCGUGCUCUACCCCGUGGGUCGCCUCUGCACCUAUGCUUCCACGGGCCUCUUCCGCCUCCUCGGCCUCAAGACCAGCGGAGAACCGUUCGUGACAGAAGAGGAGCUGAAGCUCAUGCUGAGGGGGGCGGAGAUGAGUGGCGCUAUUGAGGAGGAGGAGCAGGAUAUGAUUGAAAAUGUUCUCGAGAUCAAGGAUACCUACGUGCGUGAGGUGAUGACCCCUCUGGUCGACGUGGUGGCGGUGGGCUCGUCUGCGUCGCUCAUGGAGCUGCGGGCGCUGUGGGUGCGCCACCAGUACUCGCGUGUACCUGUCUACGAGAGGAGGGUUGAUAACAUUGUUGGCAUUGCGUAUGCCAUGGACAUGCUCGACUAUGUGGAGCAGCCGGAGCUGCUGCAUCGCUUGAGUGUGGGCAGGAUUGCACACCGGCCGGCGUACUUCGUCCCUGACUCCAUGUCGGUGUGGAACCUUCUGAGAGAGUUCCGCAUUCGCAAAGUGCAUAUGGCCAUCGUGCUCAACGAGUACGGCGGCACCGUGGGGCUGGUGACACUGGAAGAUGCUGUAGAGGAAAUCGUGGGGGAGAUUUUUGACGAGAAUGACUCCAAGGAGGAGAUUCGGCGCAAGACGGGGUACAUCAUUCAGAGGGCGGAGGGCGUGUAUGAUGUGGAUGCCAACACCACCGUUGAUGACCUUGCUGACAUCCUCCAAGUCGUGCUGCCGCCCAGAGCUUCUUUCUACGAGACAGUAUCUGGUUUCGUUUGUGAGGCGUUUGGGUACAUCCCCCGCACUGGUGAUACUAAAAUCAUUCGGCUGCAGCGGAAGGAGAGCGAGGAGGAGGAGGAGGGCGACGGGGCCGAGGAGGGAGGAGCGGGUGGGAAGGGAGGGAAGGGGCGGGAGAGGGACGGUGGGGACAAAGGGACGCGCAAGCAGCUGCUGCGAUUCCAGCUCGAGAUUUUGUCCGGUAAUGCAAGGAAGGUGGUGGCAGUGCGAUUCGAAGAGCUGAAAGAGACGGAAGGGGCCAGUGGGGGCGGUGUGAAGGGAAAGCUUGGUGCGGGGAAGGAAGAGGAGGAUAUAGAGAAGGAGACAGAGAGGAAGAGAGAGAAGGACAGGGAACGAGCGUUGGUGGAGGAGUGGGAGAGUGAGAAGCGGAGGGAGGGGAGGAGGAAGGAGAGGAUCAGCCAGGAAGUGAGGUCGAGGGGGUUGGGGGAAGUGGGGAGAGGGGAGGGGGAAGGGAUGGGCGAGGGGGAGAGUAAGUGCGAGACGUGUGAGCAGAUGAAGCUGGGGAGGGGGAAAGCGGGGGGGAGGGGUGUGUUACUGGAUAGUGAGAGUGAGGGGGAGGAGGGGGAGGUGCUGAUGGGUGGAGGGUGGUUGACAGGUGGAGACGGGGAGGAGGGGGGGUAUUCUGAGGGUGUGUUGUAUACAGACUCUGAUAUGGGGGAGAGGGACAGUGAGAGGGACGGUGUGGGGGAAAGUGGGAGUGAGAGGGGGAGUGGGAAGGAGACUGAGGGUGGGAGCGUGAGAAGAGGAGAGGGAGGUACUUUUGAUGGGUCUGAUGGUCAUGUGGGGCUGGAGGGGGGCGCGGGAGGAGGAGGCGGGGGAGUGAGGGAGUUUGAGGGUGUGGCGAUGGCUCAGGAGCAGUACGACCGGUGGGAGGAGAAGGAGAAGCAGGUGAGGGUUGGCGGCUGCUUGCAGAGGGGCUGGGAGGUAGCACAGGCUAGUUGA